GCGUGGAGCCGGGCAAGAUGGCGGACGCCUUCGGGGACGACCUCUUCAGCGUCUUCGAGGACGAGGCAGCUGCCGCCAACAAGAAAGGGAAGGGCCCCGCCGAGGCCCCCGCCAAGCCCGGCAAACGGGCAGAGAGCAACUCGCAAGCAGGAUCGACCAGCAGUGCAGGGAAAAACAAGAGAGAAACCGAACUCGACAAUACAGACGACACCAUUCUUGUAAAGAAACCCAAGAUAGAAGAUGUAUUAUCGGAAGACCUGAGCUUGACAGACUUGAUGCCUCGAGUCAAGGUUCAAUCAGUUGAAACCGUUGAAGGCUGUACACAUGAGGUUGCCCUUCCUGCAGAUGAAGAUUAUGUAGCCCUGAAGCCAAGAGUUGGAAAAGCUGCAAAGGAAUAUCCAUUCAUCCUUGAUGCUUUCCAGAGAGAAGCCAUUCAGUGUGUAGAUAACAAUCAAUCCGUUUUAGUGUCUGCUCAUACAUCAGCUGGGAAAACCGUGUGUGCCGAGUAUGCCAUUGCCUUGGCUCUGAGAGAAAAACAGCGGGUGAUAUUCACCAGUCCGAUUAAAGCCCUGAGUAACCAGAAAUACCGGGAGAUGUAUGAAGAAUUUCAAGACGUGGGCUUAAUGACGGGUGAUGUCACUAUCAAUCCUACGGCUUCGUGUCUUGUUAUGACUACAGAGAUAUUGAGAAGCAUGUUGUACCGAGGUUCCGAGGUUAUGAGAGAAGUUGCUUGGGUUAUAUUUGAUGAAAUCCAUUACAUGAGAGAUUCAGAACGUGGUGUCGUGUGGGAAGAAACGAUUAUUUUGCUGCCCGACAACGUCCACUAUGUGUUUCUUUCUGCUACCAUCCCUAACGCGCGUCAGUUUGCCGAAUGGAUCUGUCACCUCCAUAAACAGCCUUGCCAUGUGAUUUACACGGAUUACCGGCCCACUCCGCUGCAGCAUUAUAUCUUCCCAGCAGGGGGCGAUGGGCUCCACCUCGUGGUGGAUGAAAACGGUGAUUUCCGAGAAGAUAAUUUUAAUACUGCAAUGCAAGUACUCAGAGAUGCAGGCGACUUGGCCAAAGGAGACCAGAAAGGUCGGAAGGGAGGAACAAAAGGACCAUCAAAUGUUUUCAAGAUUGUGAAGAUGAUCAUGGAAAGAAAUUUCCAACCUGUAAUUAUCUUCAGUUUCAGUAAGAAAGACUGUGAAGCGUAUGCACUUCAGAUGACCAAAUUAGACUUCAACACAGCCGAAGAAAAGAAGAUGGUGGAAGAGGUAUUUAAUAAUGCAAUUGACUGCUUAUCCGAUGAAGAUAAGAAGCUUCCUCAGGUUGAACACGUGCUUCCCCUUCUGAAGAGAGGAAUUGGUAUCCACCACGGUGGUUUGCUCCCCAUUUUAAAAGAAACGAUUGAGAUUCUCUUUUCUGAAGGUUUGAUAAAGGCUUUAUUUGCAACAGAAACCUUUGCUAUGGGAAUUAACAUGCCGGCAAGGACUGUGUUGUUUACCAGCGCCCGCAAAUUUGAUGGGAAAGAUUUUCGUUGGAUUUCUUCAGGCGAAUACAUUCAGAUGUCUGGUCGGGCCGGAAGGCGGGGUAUGGACGAUAGAGGAAUUGUCAUUCUAAUGGUGGAUGAGAAGAUGAGCCCAACUGUUGGGAAACAGCUUCUUAAGGGCUCAGCAGAUCCUCUGAACAGUGCUUUCCAUUUGACCUACAACAUGGUCUUGAACUUGCUUCGGGUAGAAGAAAUUAAUCCGGAGUACAUGUUAGAAAAGUCCUUCUACCAGUUUCAACACUAUAGAGCUAUUCCAGGAGUAGUAGAGAAGGUAAAGAAUUUGGAACGCCAGUAUCACAAAAUAGUCAUUCCCAACGAAGAAAGUGUGGUGAUCUACUAUAAGAUCCGACAGCAACUCGCCAAACUGGGGAAAGAGAUUGAAGAAUUUAUUCACAAACCCAAGUACUGUUUGCCAUUUUUGCAGCCGGGCAGGCUGGUAAAGGUAAAGAGUGAAGAGGAUGACUUUGGAUGGGGAGUAGUGGUCAAUUUCUCCAAAAAGUCCAACGUUAAGCCUAAUUCUGGUGAGCUGGAUCCUCUAUAUGUGGUUGAAGUCCUUCUACACUGCAGUAAGGAGAGUUUGAAAAAUUCCGCUACUGAGGCUGCGAAACCCGCGAAGCCCGAUGAGAAGGGAGAAAUGCAGGUUGUUCCUGUUUUGGUCCAUCUUCUGUCUUCCAUCAGUAGUGUUAGACUUUAUAUCCCGAAAGACCUGCGCCCCUUAGACAACAGACAAAGUGUGUUAAAGUCAAUACAGGAAGUACAGAAGCGGUUUCCCGACGGAGUCCCAUUGUUAGAUCCCAUUGAUGAUAUGGGCAUCAAAGACCAGGGACUGAAAAAAGUCAUCCAAAAAAUCGAGGCUUUUGAGCAUCGAAUGUAUUCUCACCCGCUCCACAACGACUCCAACUUGGAAACGGUCUACAAGCUGUGCGAAAGGAAAGCGCAGAUUGCAGUGGAUAUUAAAGGUGCAAAGCGAGAGCUGAAGAAAGCGAGAACGGUCUUACAGAUGGAUGAGCUCAAAUGUCGCAAACGGGUUCUGCGGCGGUUGGGCUUUGCCACAUCUUCUGACGUCAUAGAGAUGAAGGGGCGAGUGGCUUGUGAGAUCAGCAGUGCCGAUGAGCUGCUCCUGACCGAAAUGAUGUUUAAUGGACUUUUUAAUGACCUGUCGGCCGAACAAGCAACUGCAUUACUGAGCUGUUUUGUGUUCCAAGAAAAUUCCAGUGAAAUGCCCAAAUUGACAGAACAGUUAGCAGGGCCACUUCGUCAAAUGCAGGAAUGUGCUAAAAGAAUUGCCAAAGUUUCUGCGGAAGCUAAAUUAGAAAUUGAUGAGGAGACUUAUCUGAACUCCUUCAGGCCCAAUUUAAUGGAUGUCGUUUACACGUGGGCUAAUGGAGCGACAUUUGCUCACAUUUGCAAAAUGACGGACGUCUUUGAAGGGAGUAUAAUUCGCUGCAUGAGGCGCCUGGAAGAAUUGCUGCGUCAGAUGUGUCAAGCAGCAAAGGCCAUUGGGAACACCGAACUGGAAAACAAAUUUGCAGAAGGAAUUACCAAAAUCAAGAGAGACAUCGUGUUCGCUGCAAGUCUGUAUCUCUAAGCAGUGUGCGACGUGAGGACUCGUACGGAUGCACCAACAGGACAACUUCUCCCUUUCCGCCUCAGUGAGCAGCUGUUUCUUUUGCCCUUCCCCCCCCCCCCCACUUUCCCCAUUCCAAGACAGAAUUCCAGUUAUAAACCUUUUAAUUUGUGUUGUAUUUUAAACCGAGCACGGUUCUAGCCAAGCACAUCACAUACAUGUUUGUACAUAAAAAGCAUUUACCACGUUAUUUUAAUAAAAAAAAAAAAUUUA